UAUAAAACCAUCAGAUCAUCUUUACCGAGCACAGUCCAACGCUACUUGCCAGACGCAUCAGUUUGGAAAACUAUUAUUUAUUUUUUAAUAUAAUUAUUUAAUACAAAUAUGAAACUGUUCAUAGUCGUCGCGGUCAUCGGAGUCUGCUCAGCAGCCCGCCUGGAUAACGCCUAUCUUCCCCCAAGAGGAAGUUCUGGUGCAGGUUACAGCGGCGGUGCUGGUGUGGGUGGCUUUAGCGGCCCUAACUUCGGUAGAGGAGGAGCGGGUGGAGCUGGAUUUGGGGGUGGAAGUGCUGGAUUCGGGGGUGGUAGUGCUGGAUUUGGCGGUGCUGGAGCUGCUGGGGGUGCUGGAUAUGGCGGUGCUGGGGGUGCUGGGUUUGGAGGCGCUGGAGCGGGAGCAGGUGGCUUCGUAGGCAGAAGCAACCCAGCCGACGUCAACGCUCAAAUCCUCCGAUACAACAACGAAGUUACCGCUGAAGGGUUCGCUUACGACUUCGAAACCUCAAACGGCAUCCGAGCUGAUGCAUCCGGAGUAGCAACCAAUGGAGUUCAGUCUCAAGGAAGCUUUUCGUACAAGGGUGACGAUGGACAGGACUACAGCAUAACCUAUACCGCUGAUGAGAACGGUUACCAGCCAAGGGGAGCCCAUUUGCCCACACCUCCCCCUAUCCCUGAGGAGAUCCUGAAGUCUUUGGAGCAGAACGCCCGUGAUGAAGCCGCUGGCAUCAUUGAUGAUGGCCAAUAUCGCGGUGAGGGAGCCAACGGCGCUGGUGCUGGCGUUGGCGGUGGCAGCUACUCCGGCCAAGGCCAAUACGGCGCUCCAUCCCGCGGCUUUGGUGGCUCAACCGGUUCAGCCUUCGGAGGAUCAGCUGGUUCAGGCUUCGGUGGUUCAAGUGGUUCAGCUUUCGGUGGCUCAAGAGGAUCAGCAGGUUUUGGAUCGUCCUCAUCGUUCGGUAACGCCGCGUCAAGGCAAUACUUGGCACCUAAUGCUGGAUCAGGACCCCGUGGAUCAGGGUCUGGCAACUUUAACUCACAAACUGGUUACCAAUACUAAAUGAUGGAUCCAUUGAUUGUACGGUGUUAGCUACUUUUUUGUUGGUUUGAGUACUUACUAUCUAUGAAAGAGGUCUUGGAUAGGUGAUGAUUUUGAAACCACCGACCUUGGUGUCGAUUUGUAACCAAACUCAAAUUUUUUAGUCUGUUUCUUCCUCCUUAAGUAAUCUAUUUAUUUUUCAAAUCAAUACACGUUUCAUGCAACAGUGAUGAUUGCACAUUAUACCGAAGCUGAACCGCACACAAAGAAUGAAUCUGCUAAAAAAUGUUAAUAUCAACUCAUACUCAUUGCUGUAAAUUCAAAAUCCGGUUCCUUUGGAUCGUCUUGUAAUGUGUUAUCGGUUUAGUAACUACACAACUUCCUAAUUUACCUACAUUUUCCUUUUUACUUUAUUGCAUCUUAAUUAUUAUAUUUUUUGUCAAGUUCAAAUUGACUCCAAUAUAUUAUCUCCUGUUGCUAAAGAUAAGUUAAAGUUGCUCCAAACUUUUUUUUCGCUCUGAUAAAGUGCAAUUUCAGUAUAGGUUUAGGCACUGUAUAGUUUCGAAAAUUUAAAGACUUAUCUCAUCUUCAGAGCGCACUAAAAAUUUGACACAACAUUGUAGGAUGAAAAAUGUAGCUAAUAUCAAUCAAUACGUUCUUUGUUAUUUUAUUGGUAGCGAAAACGACUUAAGCUGUGAAACGUUUAUGUGAUGCUUUGUAUAAAAUGCUAGGCAGUCAAAGAACUUAGCUCUCCACUGCCAUGCGCUGACUUUAAUACUCAUUCUGUCUGUUUAUAAGUCCCCUCUUGCCUCUCAUUUUCAUUAAUGAUCUCAUUAACACAUUGCUGGUUUGACAUUUGCCAGCAUUGUACGUACUGCAUACGCCACAUUCACCAAAAUUUUGUUUAAAUUAUAUCAAAUUGAUCUAUUGAGAACAUACCAUAUGCGCUGUAUUUUUAGUGUGUAGUUAAAAAAGUGGAUAACAGCAUGAAAAAGGUUUGCUAUAAAAAUUCAGGAGCGUACGGUGCAUGCUAAUAGAUCUGUAAACAGCUGUAGAAUUCGACUAUCUAAAAUACUUUAUGUGUGAUAUAUAAAUGUGGCAAUUGACCAGUAUCAUUUGAACAUAAUGUAACUUGUUACAAUGUGAACAUUUGUACAGUAUUUGUCCAGAGUGUUUGCGAAUGUUACAUUAUGAUACAAAUCCAGUUCAAAUGCCACCUUUUGCAAACCGCACUCAUUAGGUACGAGGCGUGCGGUGCGUACUAAUGUGCGACCAGCUUUUCCCCACUAAAGUUCUCUUCUUGUUAAAUACUUGUUAGUAUAUAAGUUUAGUUAUUACACGGCUAUGUAAAUGGACAGUACUAGAGCGUAAGACGAAAAUGUAUGAAAAAAAAUAUGCGAGCAUAUUAUACCUAGUUAUAAUAAUUAUAACGAUUGUAAAUAUAUGGUGUAACGUAUAAAUAAAUAUUAUAUUUAAAGCAA